CCGUGAGGGGAGGGAGCCUCUUGGCCGCAGGGAUUGGGAUCCCAGUCUUCUUCCUCGGGAUUUGGGAUUGGGAUCCCAGCCUUCUUCCUCGGGAUUUGGGAUUGGGAUCCCAGUCUUCUUCCUCGGGGAUUUGGGAUUGGUGUUCCUGCCUUUUCCUGAGAGAUCCAGGAGUGCCAUCCCAGCAUUCUUCCUCAGGGAUCUCACCUGUCUCUUCAGGGAUUUGGGAUUUCCAUCCCAUUCCUUUCCUCAGGGAUUUGGGGUGGGUUUUCCAACCUUCUCCUCAGGGAUUUGGGAUCACCAUCCCACCCUUCUUCCCAGUUUUUUCUGUCACUCUCAGCAGCAGCUCCAUCCCCUCAUCCCUCCCGGAUCCAAGCAGGAAAAAAUGGGAAAGCUCCUCAUUUUCUCCCCUGCCCAAGCCGGGAUCCCAGAACUCCUGGGAGAGGCUCAGGAAUUCCCUCCCUCCAGCAGGAUUUGGGAUUCCAUCCCCAAAACCCCUCGAGGCUGCUUCUCUGAAAAUUCCCAGAGCUUGAGGUUUUGCUGGAAUUCCCUGGGGCUGGGAUGUGCCAGGGAGCUGGGGAGGGGUGGGAUCCUGCUUCCCAAAAACCCGAUUUUAUUUGGAUUCACUGGAUUUUAUUGGGAUUCACCUGAUCCCAGCAUGGGCAGAGGAUGGGAGGGAUCCCACCAGAAAAAUUCCCGAAGAUGCUGGAGAAAAUAAUAAUAAAACAAUUUUAAAAAAUCAAAAUGAAGGAUUUUAGAGGCUUUUAGUGAUUAAUUAGCACAAGUUAAAUUUGGUCAAUUAACGGGAUUAGAUUUUUCCUGAUUUUUUUUUUUUAUGGAUGGGAAGGUGAAGGGUGAAGUCCCAAAGGAAAUUUGCAUUUUGUUUCCCAAAUUCCUCAAAAUUCUCAGAAUUUUCCCAAUUCCAGGGUGCUUUAGGGCUGCUAAUUAAACAGAAUUAGUAAUUAUUAUUAACAUCUAAUUUACAUCUAAUUUGGGUGUGUUAUCCACUUCAAAACCAAGGAAAACCAACCAUUCCUGAUAUUUUUGGGAUUAUUUUUCCAGCUUCUCAAGGCCUGGAGAUGAGGAAUUUUUUGGGAAGAGGCAGGAGAGCAUUCCAAGGUUCUGCCUGUGGGAUAGGAGACAACAAAAUCCAUUUUUUUCCCCCAUUCCAGGAAAAUUUUCCACUAUUCCCCCCAUCCCAGGCUGAAGCAAUGGAGAGAAUUCCCAGAUUGGGAAGCUGUGGUUAAUUUUUGGUUUUAUCCCUGCAAAUUUUUCCUUUGAUCACAAAAUUUAUGGAAUUCUCCUCCCAAUGCUUUUAUUUUUAUUUUGUUCUAAUUUUAAUUAAAAGCUUCCCAAACUGACGCUCCUGCUGCCUAUUCUAAGCUGGGAAUUUCGGGAUAACCAAAAAUCCGUUGGGAUUUUUUUAAAUCUUAAUUUUUUUGGAUUUAAAAUUUUUAAAACUGUGAAAUAACCUGGAUUUUCUUAAUGGAAGAGGAAAGAAAAAAUUCCAAUUUUUUGUCAAAUCCAGGAAUUUUCCCCAAAUUUCCCUAGAAAAAACCCCAGAAAUAAUCUGAACAUUUCUAGCUCCUUUGUUUUCCCUUGAAAUUUUGGGAUCUAAAACCAAGCCAUUCCUCCCCUUGGAAAAAAAAUCCCUCUGAGUUUUUUAGUGCCAAAUUCCCUUUUCCCCCCCAUUUUUUCCAGGAUGGCAGACACGGACCUUUUCAUGGAAUGUGAGGAGGAGGAGCUGGAGCCAUGGCAGAAAAUCAGCGACGUCAUCGAGGACUCAGUGGUGGAGGAUUACAAUUCCAUGGAAAAAAAUCCCACAGGCGGGAACGCCGCUGUCCAGCCGGGCGGGCAGUCGCUGCUGCUGGCGCAGAGCCCCGCGCCCGGCCUGGGGGCCGUGGUGACGCAGCCGCUGCUGCGGCCGGUGCAGCUGAUGCAGAACGCCAACCACGGCACCAACCCGCCCGCGGGCACCCAGCCCAUCUUCAUCACCACCCAGGGGUUCCCGGUGCAGAACGUCCGGCCUGUGCAGAGCCCCAUGAACCAGGUGGGCAUCGUGCUCAAUGUCCAGCAGGGCCAGACCGUCCGGCCAAUCACCCUCGUGCCAGCCCCAGGUACCCAGUUUGUUAAACCAGCAGUUGGCGUUCCCCAGGUGUUCUCGCCGGCCCACGUCCUUCCGCUGCCCCCACUGCACCAAGCGCCUCAAGAACAACAUCCGGUUCAUGAACCACAUGAAGCACCACGUGGAGCUGGACCAGCAGAACGGAGAGGUGGACGUGCACACCAUCUGCCAGCACUGCUACCGCCACUUCAGCACGCCCUUCCAGCUGCAGUGCCACCUGGAGAACGUGCACAGCCCCUACGAGUCCAGCACCAAGUGCAAGAUCUGCGAGUGGGCGUUUGAGAGCGAGCCGCUCUUCCUGCAGCACAUGAAGGACACCCACAAACCCGGGGAGAUGCCCUACGUCUGCCAGGUGUGCCAGUACCGCUCGUCGCUGUACUCGGAGGUGGACAGCCACUUCCGGCUGAUCCACGAGGACACGCGGCACCUGCUGUGCCCCUACUGCCUCAAGGUGUUCAAGAACGGCAACGCCUUCCAGCAGCACUUCAUGAGGCACCAGAAGAAGAGCGUGUACCACUGCAACAAGUGCCGCCUGCAGUUCCUGUUUGCCAAGGACAAGAUCGAGCACAAGCUGCAGCACCACAAAACCUUCCGCAAGCCCAAGCAGCUCGAGGGGCUCAAACCCGGCACCAAGGCCCCUCUUCCUGUGCCACCGCAACGCCCCCCGCAGGGCCGGCAAAAAAACGAGCGGCCUGGGCCGGCAGACGUGCCUGGAGUGCAGCUUCGAGAUCCCCGACUUCCCCAACCACUUCCCCACCUACGUGCACUGCUCCCUGUGCCGCUACAGCACCUGCUGCUCCCGCGCCUACGCCAACCACAUGAUCAACAACCACGUUCCCCGGAAAAGCCCCAAAUAUUUGGCUUUGUUCAAGAACUAUACGGCCAGUGGGGUGAGGCUCUCAUGUUCCUCCUGCCUCUUCGUCACCUCUGAGGGCGACUCCAUGGCCAAACAUUUGGUGUUCAACCCCUCCCACGAGUCCAGCAACAUCAUUGUCCAAGGGCCUUCUUGGAUAUCACAUUCCAGGUAAGCCAAAAAUUCCUGUUUAUCCUCAUCUCUCCUCCCAGUCCAUGGAUGGGAAUUUUUUCUCAUCUUUUUUCCUCCCUUUUCCAUCCUUUUUUUUCCUCCCCUUGUUUUUCCUUUUCCCUCCCUUUCCCCCCAUUUUUCUCCCCUGUUUCCUUCCUCUUUUUCCUCUCCCUUUCCCUCCUUAUUCUCCCUUUUUCCUCUCCUUUUUUCCCUUUUUGUUUCCUGUAUUUUUUCCUUGCCCCCCUUUUAUCCUCCUUUCCCCCCUCUUUUUUCUCUCCCUUUUCCCCCCUUUCCCAUUUUUUUCCUUUUUUCCCCUUCCCCCCCUUUUUUC